CUAACGAUGUGGAAUUAAAUCCUGGUCCAGUAAUUUCAUCUGAGCAUCUCGAACACUGUUCAUCCGUCGUAAAUAAUCGAAGCAACACCAUCGCGACUGAACGUAAGACAUUUCGCUGUUUGAGCUGGAAUACACGAAGUUUGUUUAGUUUACAUAGAACAUCUGAUGGAGAUAUGAUAUCAAAUAAUUCAAGUCUUCAAGAUUUUGUAUACUCGGAGCAAAUAGACAUCGGUUUCCUCACUGAAACGUGGCUGUCCGAUAAACACUUUGAUGCAGAAAUUUUACGUCAAGAUUAUAACGUUUUCCGUGUCGACCGUAAAUGUAAAACCGGCGGCGGCGUACUAAUAGCUACAAAAGAGUCUUCUUUUACAGAAACCAAGCAA